AACUGCUUCUCUAAGAUGACUGGUAAUGUCUUUCCUUGUUGGUAUAGUGUUUACUCAGUGCUCCACAUCAGCAAACUGCCAAAACUUUCUUCUAUAGAAGUGCUUGCUGAUGAGCAGUUAAUCAAUUGCAUUUGAUUAGCAGCAGCUUCUACAUACCCUCUUAAUUCCUAUGCAAGCAGUAGGAGGCUGCUUAGUUUAGGGCUACAUUAAAAAAAAAACCUUCUUUUUCGCAUGACUGUAUCAGCUCAUUGUGGAAAAUAAGAAAGACCAUAAGAACAUUAAUGCAUAUAGGUAAACAAAGUAAGAACUAAGAAGUUGGCAGCUGUCUUUGGCUUUCUUGACCCCUGCCUCCGUACAUUUUUAUUUCAGUGUGACAACUCCUGAGUCUCUUUUCCUGUCUCACACUGAGACACACAAAAAGAAACAGGAUGUUGUGAGCAAGGACAAUUUAUCCAAUGAACAGGAGGUGGUGACGGGAUUAAAUAUGUUCAGACAAUCCCAGCUUAGGUUAAUAAUGUCAGGUAGAAAUGGUCGACAUUAAGUUCACCACAGUGGGACACCAGGCUAAUAUGGAACAACAAAAGCUUUGCUGAGCUCUGUUUUUGUCCUCAUGGCUGGGUUUGCUUGGAGAUUCCAAAACACAAACAACGGGACUUUCACAUGCUCUUUUGUUCCCGCUGACCCUGCAUUCCUAAGGUCCACUCUUCGCCCACAGGUACACAUACUUGGAGUCAAAUCAAUAGAUCAGAGUGUAAUUCCUGCACUUUUCAGCAAAAAAAAAAUCACUUUGUCAGCUGUCCUGGCUUUAUGUCAAGAAAUGUUUCACUGCUUGACCCUGGGGCUCGGUAGGAGUGUGAUAAGAAGGGUGGGUGUAUAAAAAUCAAGUCAACAGCACAGGGCCACAGUCUGGGAGCCUGAGGAAACGAUCUUACACAUUUCCAGCAGAGAAAAGAUGAACCCUCAAGUCCUGCCUUCCAUCCUGCUGCUCAUUUCUGCUGCCCAUGCUUUCCAUUAUACGGAUCUAGCUCAGUAUGUUGACAGCCACCAAGACGAAUAUGUGGAGAUGCUGAGGGACUGGGUUGCAAUCGAAAGCGACUCCAGCAAUGUCCAAAAGAGACCAGAGCUGCACCGUAUGAUGGAGACUGUGGCUCAGAAACUCCGGCUGAUGGGAGGGACUGUACAGCUGGUGGAUAUCGGAGAACAAGAACUUCCUGAUGGCCAGACAUUAGAGUUGCCUAAAGUGGUGACGGCUCAGUUUGGUAAUGUCUCCAGCAAGCACACAGUGUGCAUCUACGGCCAUGUGGAUGUUCAGCCAGCAAAACUGGAGGACGGCUGGGCAACAGAUCCAUACAACCUGACUGAGAUCAAUGGCAAUCUGUAUGGACGAGGAGCAUCAGACAACAAGGCCCCAGUUUUAGCCUGGAUCCAUGCUGUGGAGGCUUACCAGGCUCUCAGUAUGGAUCUGCCAGUGAAUGUGAAGUUUGUCAUAGAAGGCAUGGAGGAGACGGGCUCUAAUGGCCUGGAUGCCAUGAUCAUGGCCCAGCGAGACACCUUCUUCUCAGAAGUGGAUUACAUCAUCAUAUCAGACUGUGGCUGGCUCAGCAGACGCCCCUCCCUCACCUAUGGCACCAGAGGCAACUGCUACUUCUUUGCUGAGGUUGAAGGACCGGAGCAGGACUUGCAUUCUGGUGUUUAUGGAGGCACUGUGAUUGAACCAAUGACCGACCUCAUUGGAAUUCUUGACACACUGAUCAGCCCCAGUGGAAAGAUCCUGAUUCCUGGGAUCAGAGAGGCUGUAGCUCCCCUCUCUGAUGAAGAAUGGAAAAUGUACCAGGAUAUCCAGUUUGACAUGGACAACUACAAGAAUAAGAUUGGUGUCAACCAGCUCAUGUACAGCAACAAGGUGGACUUGUUGGCUCACAUGUGGCGCUACCCCACAGUCUCCAUCCACGGUAUUGAGGGGGCCUUUUCAGACCCUGGGACUAAGACUGUCAUCCCUGCUAAGGUUACUGCUAAGUUUUCAAUUAGACAAGUUCCUGACAUGGACCCUGCUAUGGUCAAGAAACAGGUAACAGACUACCUUCACUCUGUGUUUGCCAAAAGAAGGAGUCCCAACAAGCUCAAAGUCACAAUGGUGAUAGGAGCUAAACCUUGGCUGGCUGACACUCACCAUCCACUCUACGAGGCUGGAAAGGCUGCUAUUAAGAGAGUUUUCAACACGGAUCCUGAUCUAAUCCGUGAGGGUGGAACCAUCCCAAUUGCCAGGACCUUCCAAGAUGUGACGGGAAAAAGCAUCAUCAUGAUGCCCAUCGGAGGCUUUGAUGAUGGUCUGCACUCUCAGAAUGAGAAAAUGAGCAGGUACAAUUAUAUUGAAGGAACCAAGUUAUUCAUCGCGUACCUGAAUGAAGUGUCCCAGAUUAAGAGGACUAGCGUGUGAUGUUUUAUGGUAUGAUCACAUGACCUCAUAAAAAACAUUCCAGCUAUAGAAAAGUGUGUUUUGAUAUUUUUACUGUGCCUUUAUCUUUAUUUCAUAAGGUUUUGAAACUUGUGGCACAUUUAUUGAUCUGCACCUCAAGUCUGUCUAUCUGUCUAUCUAUUUUUGCAUUAUCUCAUGGUUAUUUGGCUGUUUCCAUCUCUUUUGCCAGUGUUUAUGUUCACAUAAACUUAGGCGAUACUGUGAGGGUGUAUGUAUGUGUGUCAUGUAGUAAAAGCUGUA